GAAAAUUGUUUUCUCUUUUCGUUUUAGAAUAAACCGUCGUCGUUCUAGCCAUCCCUGACUUGGCAUGUGAUGAUUAGUUAAUUUAAUUACAAUAAAACAGAAAAUAAACGGCAAAAAGACAGGGAAAAAGAAUCUGAAGAACAGUCAAGAGUCUGAAGUUAAAAAAUGUGGAAAAUGGGGAAUGAUGAAGAAGACAGAGCUGAAAGCUUCCUAGAUGAAGAUUCUGAAGGCAUAUGCUCACUCUCUACUACGCAGAGAAUAUACGCAUCCGCCGCUUGUUUACUUUCGGGUCUUGUUCUUAUGUUUCUGUCACUUAUUGUGUUUGCCAUACCAAUCAAAUUCGCAUUAUUGUUCACCUUUGGCAAUGUCUUGGCAGUCGGAAGCACAGCAUUCCUCAUGGGACCUGAGCAACAGUUACGAAUGAUGUUUGAUUCCGUUCGUGUUUAUGCAACAGUGAUUUACAUUGGAUUUGUCGUUCUUGCUCUCAUUUGUGCUCUUUGGAUUCAAAGCAAGAUUUUGACAUUACUUGCAAUCAUAUGUGAGAUUUGUGCCCUUAUUUGGUACUGUCUGAGCUACAUUCCAUUUGCUAGGAGAAUUGUUUCCGACCUAAUGGUCCGAUUCUGUGACACUGAGCUUUAGAUUUUGUAAAGAAAAAACAGCAUUCAUCUAAGUUCUUUGGAGUGCAUUAAUUUUUUUGCUUUGCUCAAGUGUGUACUGGUCUUAGUUGCCACAAAAUAUUGUUUUUCAGGUUGCUUUGGCAAUCAAACAUUGUUUAUAUCUCAGAUUUUUAUUUUUUUUA